CAUGUAAUGCACAAUGCACUUCCGGUUGAUUCCGGUUAGGGUAAACAUGGUGCUUACUGUUGUUUCGAUUUUCUUAACGGCGGGUUUCCUUGCAUUUUGUCUAGGAGAUGCCACUCAAAGUUACUACGCUGCGGCAAGAAUUGAGAGCUGCAAAGGUUGCGCUUUGGAGCGACUUCCUGAUGUAAAGGCAUUCAUUUUCGAGGACGUUCCACUUUAUGAGAAUGUUGAAUUCCAGCAUAUACAAGGCGUGCCACCAGAUCUUGUUCUUUUGAAUGAACACGAAGAGGAGAUAGAGCGGUUGCCACUUGCAAAAUUAACUCGGGACGAAUGUAACGAACUGCUUGUUUUAAAGGGCUUUAAAAAGCAGUCUAAGCCAGUGAGAGACGAGGUAUAGGCAACGAAUGUACAUAGCACAUGAAGGGAUCGAAGCGAAGACCUUUGUUUCUAUUGUUUAAGGAGAGUGCGAAAUAUUCAAUGGUACUUCCUUAAUGUAAGGAAUGUCAUGCAACAUGGAAAGAAAACGGUACAGUGCAGAAAAUAUGUAUCGCUUGUCUUGCACAAUUAUAGAAAGUGAUAGUAUUUAUAUACUCGAGUCUGCACACUAUAGAUGAUUAAUGUAGGAAUGGUCCAACGCACAAAUUGCUAUUUUUCAUUGAUCCAGUAAUAUGUAGACUAGGGGAACUCGUAUCAACCCCUUUGGAGCUGCAAUCUGUGAUACAACCGCUAGAGCCACAAUGGGAUAGAUUCAUCUUUCCCGGUAUGCUUGGGCUGCUUAGUUAUCGACAUUUAUUUUUUAUCACAAUGACGCCAUCUCAUUAAUUUCAAAGUACUAGUUUGUAGUAUUCUGCGAAUUUCUCCGAUGGUUAUAGUUAUCCAUAUGUUUAAUUUUCUAUUACACCUUGGACGAAACAUGUCAGUGGAACAUUACAUCUGCAUAUAUUGUUCAUAGAUGUUACUUUUAAUGUGCCAUUAGAUUCACCAUGACAUUGCGUAACUCCAUGAAGUAGCUUGAUGCUUUCUCAAUAUGUAUUGUACAUGAUUACUCCGCUCUUUCCCAAAAUUAAAGGAAAUGAUUUUGCACUAAGGUGUUGGCACAAAAAAAUACGAAGGCAAUGCAAGAUGCAAAAUUGAGAUUAAGUGCUCAAAUGUUACGGGGAGUCCUAUCAUCGGAAUCGUUGGUAUUUACAUACAGCCACUGUGCGUGAAAAAAUAAACUAACAUAAAAUGAGCAUAAUAUUAAGUAGCAAAUAUUUGUCAUUUCUCCGUUAGCGAAUCAUAUGUUUUCCGCCCUCGUCAAGUUUAUCGCCGCAAAAUCUACCCUAUUUAAGAAAAUUUGCAUCUUGCAAAAUUUAUUGGUGUUAUGUAUUAUCAAUAAAUUACCUUACCUCGAUAA